UACACCUUCUACCCGAACACAAAGUCCCGCUUCGUCCUCCUUUCUCAGAGGGGUUGUUCACGAGGGUAACUACCGAAGUUUUUCGAGAGGAUCGUCUUGCCAGCUUCCUAACUCAGCAUGUCGUCAAUGCCCUGUACGCUUUUGGUCGUGUUGGUCAACCAGUGACUCAUGUAUUCCUAGACCACGUUACGAAAACAAGUCAGUGCGAGUCCUCAAGUUUAACAGAUCGGAUCUUUUCUACCCAGCAAGUGUGCAAUAUGCUCAACGCAUUAGCAAGACUGCACACUUUUCAGACAG